UGACCACCUGCCGCACGACAGCAGCAUACGGUGGCCGGGGAUACAUCUGUCCUCGCCGCAGAGAAUCUGGAAUAUGGAUACUGCAGGAAUCAGAGUAAUUCUUCUGAUCUUAGUCGCACCAACUGCCUGCAGUGGGUUUGAUGUGACUGUGGAUGUGAGACCCCCUGCAGGGACAGUGGGGGGUUCAGUGCUGUUUGCAGUGUCCAUAAACCCACCACCUGGGAGUCUCCAGUUUGUAUCCUGGAAUUUCGGUGGCACCAAUAUAGUUCUCUAUCUUAGCGGUAUUAAUACAACCAACCCCACAUAUACUGGAAGAAUUGUCUUUAACCCUUCAACUGGAUCCCUGGAGCUGAAGAAUCUCACUGUGAAAGAUACUGGGAAGUAUACAGUCAGUAUACAGCUAACAGGAACAUUAGAUCAACCACAAAAAUCUGUAGACCUCACAGUGUACGAGAAAAUAUCUGGUGCCUCCAUCUCUGGUCUUACAGAUGAACUGAUAGCAGGUAACAGCUCCUUAAAUCUGAGCUGUCAGGCAUCUGCUGGUUCCAUCAGUAACAGGCUGUGGCUGAAGGAUGGUCAGUCGCUGUCUCCUAGCAACAGAGUCACGUUCACUGCAGACAACAGCUCUAUGAACAUUAACAAAGUGGAAAAGGACGAUGCAGGACAGUACAAGUGCAGCCUAAGCAACCCGAUCAGCACUGCUACUGCAGAGCGCAAUGUGGUUGUAAACUAUGGUCCAGAGAGCGUGACAGUCCAGGGAGAAAAGACUGUAAAGAUCAACACCAAGGUGAUAUUAACCAGAGUAACGGUGGUCUCUCCGGAGGAGCCAUCGCAGCCAUUGUUAUUGUACUCCUGUUGGUAUUUGCUGCAGUUGGAGCUGGAAUCUUUACAAUGAAGAAAAAGAAGACGGAGAUGACAGGCAGCCCCUCCGGUCAAGGGCAUGAAGACUUAAAUCCAGGCAUCACUUAUGAAAAUCUUCCUCCGGUAAGUGCAUGUGUGUUUUUUUGUAAAUUCAUAAU